AUGCGCUGUGUCAAUGCACUCUCGAAUCGCAUCUCGAGUGUCUGGCGUCCCCUGUGGAGACCCAGCAGUUGUGGUGUUUUCUUCAUGUCCACAUUGUCUGUCAGCUGGACAGGGGAUAGGACCGUGACACUAUGCUGGAAACGAGGAAUGCUCAAGCUGAGGAACUGCACACUGCAGAUUUAUAAGGAGAACACUGCAACCUCCAUGAGUUCAGCACGUACUCUCACACCUAUGGCUACAAUUUCCUCCUCACUUUCCUGUCUCAUGGAUUCAGCUGCAGCCCUGUUGCCGGGAUCCCCAGGUGGAGGGAAUCACUCAGUGGUGACUGAGUUUGUGUUUCUGGGGCUCACUCAGUCCUGGGGGGUCCGGCUCCUCCUCCUGGCGUUCUCUGCCGUGCUCUAUGUGGCCAGUGUGACGGGAAACACACUCAUUGUGUUUUCGGUGGCCUCUGACCCCCACUUGCACUCCCCCAUGUACGUCCUGCUGGCAGGCCUUUCCUUCAUUGACUUGGGGGCCUGCUCUGUCACUUCUCCCAAGAUGAUCUGCGAUCUUUUCAGAAAGCACAAGGUCAUCUCCUUUGGAGGCUGCAUUGCUCAGGUCUUCUUCAUUCACGUUGUAGGUGGUGUGGAGAUGGUGCUGCUCAUGGCCAUGGCCUUUGACCGGUACGUGGCUAUCUGCCGGCCCCUGCACUACCUGACCGUUAUGAGCCCGCGAGUGUGCAUUUUGUUUCUGGCUGCUGCCUGGGCUCUUGGAGUUGUUCACUCGCUGUUCCAGCUGGCAUUUCUUAUUAACUUACCCUUCUGUGGUCCUAAUGUACUAGACAGCUUCUACUGUGACCUCCCUCAGCUUCUCAGACUGGCCUGUACGGACACCUACGGGCUGCAGUUUAUGGUCACUGUCAAUAGCGGCUUUAUCUGCUUCGGCUCUUUCCUUGUGCUCCUCGUCUCCUACAUCUUCAUCCUGCUCACAGUGUGGAAGCAUUCAGCCCGAGGUUCCUCCAAGGCUAUGUCUACGCUGGCAUUCCACUUCUCAGCUCUUGUUAUUCUCUUGGCUAGAGUUCUUGUGAAGAUUAUUUCAAGCUGUUGA